UCUGAAUAUAUCAAUAUGGCGACUGUAAUUAACAAAUUCGAAAUUAUGGCAAUUUCAAUCAAUGAAAUAUGUGAAAAUACUAAACUAGCCCGUGAAAUGGCAUUAACCGGUAAUUAUGAUACCUCUGGAGUUUAUUACCAAGGUGUUGUGCAGCAAAUCCAUCGAUUACUUGCAAGUAUCGCAGAUGCCACACGUAAAGCCAAAUGGCAGCUCGUUCAACAUCAAAUUGUUCAAGAAUUUGAAAAAGUAAAGGCUACAUCUAAUACUUUGCAACUUUUUAAAUUAGAAGCUCAUGGAGAAAAACUGUUUGGAACCCCAUGUUUAUCUUUUGAAGAACCUACAAGAGAUCCAAAUUUAUGGACUUUUAAUAAUUCAGAUACAUCUUGGAGCCAAGCUCCAGUAAGGGAUCCAGAUGUAUGGCCACCUUUAACACCUACAGAACAAAAGAACAUUAGACCAGUAAAAAAUCAACCAAAACAACAGAAUCGGACGAGUGUACGAAAAUCAGUUACUGCAGGAAAAAAACCAGAUACGAAAGCUAUUAAAAGAGAUGAUAGAAAAGUGUCCAGGAAGGAUGAUGCCAAUAAAGAAAAGCCAGAAAGUGAAAAGGUAGAUAUAGAGGUAGAGGAACGCAAAUUUGAGCCUUCUGGAAAUGAUAGAGAUUUAGUAGAUCUUCUAGAAAGAGAUAUUGUUCAAAAGAAUCCAAAUAUUCAUUGGGAUGAUAUAGCUGAUUUGCAUGAAGCAAAGCGAUUGUUAGAAGAAGCAGUUGUUCUUCCCAUGUGGAUGCCAGAUUUUUUUAAAGGUAUUCGUCGUCCCUGGAAAGGUGUACUUAUGGUCGGGCCACCAGGUACCGGGAAAACAAUGCUCGCAAAAGCAGUAGCUACCGAAUGUGGAACAACAUUUUUUAAUGUUUCGUCUUCUACGUUAACAUCAAAGUAUCGAGGAGAAUCAGAAAAACUUGUUCGUCUUCUUUUCGAAAUGGCCAGAUUUUAUGCACCUAGCACAAUAUUCAUAGAUGAAAUUGACUCUCUGUGCUCUAGAAGAGGAUCUGAAUCUGAACAUGAAGCUUCAAGACGAGUAAAGUCUGAACUUUUGGUUCAAAUGGAUGGCAUAAGCUCAAACAGUGAAGACCCAAGUAAAGUGGUAAUGGUAUUAGCAGCCACAAAUUUUCCAUGGGAUAUUGAUGAAGCCCUUCGUAGACGUUUAGAAAAACGUAUAUAUAUUCCGCUACCAAAUCAUGAAGGUAGAGAAGCUUUACUAAAGAUUAACUUACGUGAAGUAAAGGUUGAUUCUUCUGUAAAUUUAGCAGAUAUUGCAAGAAAAUUAGAAGGUUAUUCUGGAGCAGAUAUUACAAAUGUUUGCAGAGAUGCGUCAAUGAUGUCUAUGCGGAGGAAAAUUGCAGGAUUGAAACCAGAUCAAAUUAGACAGCUUCCAAAAGAAGAAUUAGAUUUACCUGUAUCUGCCUCAGAUUUUGAUGAGGCUGUGGAAAGGUGUAAUAAGAGCGUUUCUCAAGAAGAUUUAGAAAAAUAUGAAAAAUGGAUGAGUGAAUUUGGUUAAACAAUUGCUUUUUAUACAAAUUUAUUAAUAUUUUAAUUAGCUUUUAGAAAUGGCAUUCUUCAUUGUUUUGCAUCAAUCAUUCCUAGAUUUAAAAGUAUAUGUACAACUUUUACACAUCACUUUUUUCAGAUAAAAAUUCUUUUUUAAAAUGUUGUUGAUUCGAUGAAAUUUUAAAAGCAUACUAUUAUUCUAGGAAUGGUGCAUUUCAAUUAUACUCUCGUAUUAUUUACAUCAUAUAAAAUUAAUUUCGAAUGAAAGUAUUGAGAGUCUUUCUACAUAUUUGGGUUUUAUCCGUUUAAUUUCGGGCGUAACAUCAUAAUUUAAUAUCUUUCAUUAUAUGAUUGAUAUGUCAUGAAUAUACUUUUUUAAAUUACAUAUUAUAAUUAAUUCAAACACUGCGCACAUUAUAAGAUUUAAUGAAAGAUUAUAAAAUAUUUUAUUUGAAAUUCUAAUGACAUUCGAAUUGUAUUUAUAAUUUCGAGGAAAUCAAAUGAAAGGCUGUGUGAAACAUACAAAUAUUAUGUCAAGCAAAGACUGCAAAAUUUCAUCAUGUCUACUCUUUUCUAUUGAAAAAACCGAAGAAGUAGAACAAAAUAAUUAAUAGAAAGUUAUACCGCUAAUACGCAUGCAGUUGUACGAAAUAUUGAUUUUUCUAUCAACAAACGGAUGCGUAAUUCAAAUUGCCAGUGCACACCUUAUCCUUAAAAUUUGAAAGGAAAGACAGUAUAGAAAACGUGAUUACAGAAACAUAUUAUGUUUCUCGAAUAUUUUAUUGUUAACGAUUCAGUUCUGUAUCUUUACAUUUGACAAAAAGAGAUUACUAUGAAUAAAUGAGCAGAUAUGAAAGUCCCACAACAUAUAGGGACGUUAGUGCUGUUAUAAGAUGCUCGACAAAUAUUUUACAAAUACAUAUAUCAUACAAAAGAUA